CGCCCCAUUCUAUAUUUGUACUGAAAGUCGAUGAAGCCAACAUCGGAUAGAAAACUUUUCUGUAGAGUUUGUUUACAUUGUUUUUCAUAGCAGUUUAUGUCCAUUUUCAUGAAUAAUAAUCUACUUUUAUCUGGAAUAGACAAAAAUUAAUCUGCUACAGGAAACAUUGUAAACAAACUAAAGAAAAGUUUUCUAUCCGAUGAUGACGUCGCGAUGUGGCAGUAGAUGUUGUCUAAAGAGUUUAGACUUCCCAGCGUGUCUAUUCUAUAACUGGUCUAAGGUUCUCUCUCACUCACUUCUUAGUUCUUACUUCUCAUGUUUUUAGGUUAUAUCUGUCUACUAUUAUGAGAUUUUAUAGAGCUUCUAUUCAAAGUUAUAUUUUCCUCUGAAAUAACUUAUCUGAUUUGGAAAUACUAUCAGAAUGUCUCUUAUUGCUGGUUUUUCAGCAGGCGCUGAAUUACUGCCUUCUAUUAGGAAUGUUAUACAAUCAGCAACACUUCUUCACAGAGGCAUUCACACAACUUCGGUGGUACAUAGGAUUCAAGCUGGUAGAUAUAAACGGACUCCGAGAAGAGAAAAACCAUUGACUUACGAAAUGGCUUGGCCUCCACAAGCAAUUGGUCAUUUCAAAUCAUGGAACUCAUGGAAUACAACCAACCUGAUGGGCGGCCUGCGAGCGUCAGAAACAGCCAUUGAGGACGAAUUCAUGAGACGAUUCAUGACUGGCACCUGGCACAAUCUGUUUGUUUCGGAAAUCAUCAUCAAAAGACAGCAUAACAUGAUCAGGAUUGCGGGAAUACUGCGAAGAGCGAUAUCGGCUCAGAAAAUGUACUUCUUGAUUGGUUACACAGAAGAACUUCUAUCCUAUUGGCUGCAGUGUCCAAUUAAACUGGAAUUACAAACUGUGGAGGACAAAAAAUCCGUCAUCUUCAAAUAUGUUUAGUGACCGUACCUGUAAGUAGUCUGUUAAUCUAUUAAAAAUAUUGCUUAGUUUUAAUGAA